AUGGCACUGUACAUUAUCGGCCUAGGGUUGGGGGACGAAAGGGACGUAAGCGUAAGGGGGAAGGAACUGAUCGAAAUGUCAGACGUAGUAUAUUUAGAAUCGUACACGUCCGUUUUAUUCGUUUCAAAAAAUGCUUUAGAAGAAUUUUACAAAAAGAAUAUUAAGGAAGUAGACAGAAAUUUUGCAGAAGAAAAUUGUGAAGAGAUACUAGAAGAAGCAGUAAAUAAAAAAGUAUCCUUCCUAGUUGUCGGAGACCCACUAUGUGCAACGACACAUCACGACAUUAUCCUUCGCGCAAAAAAAAAAAAUAUUAAUGUACAGGUAAUUCAUAAUGCAUCCAUCAUGUCAGCGAUAGGAGAAAGUGGAAUGCAACUUUACAACUUUGGUCAAACUGUGUCCAUUCCAUAUUUUGAAGAAACUUACAAACCAACUAGCUUUUACGAUAAAAUUAAGGUAAAUUUAGACAACAAUUUCCACACCUUAUGCUUACUAGAUAUUAAAGUAAAAGAAAGGACGAUAGAAAAUCUGAUGAAAAAUAAAAACAUUUAUGAGCCACCCAGAUAUAUGACCAUUAACGAAGCUAUUGAACAACUCCUUUAUUGUGAAGAGGUUCAUAAAAAAAAUGUCAUUACGGAUAAUACGCGAGGCAUUGCCAUUGUUCGCAUAGGGUCAAACAGUCAGCAGAUUGUAUCAGGCAACUUAUUGACGCUGAAGACGAUCAAGUACAAUGACCCCCUACACUCUUUAAUCAUUUGUGCUCCCACUUUGCAUGACGUGGAAAGGGAAUACUUUGACAUGUACAUGCACAAAUGA